AUGGCGUCGCCGCAUCUUUUCGCCUUUUGCAAGGACGCCGUGUGCGUCGCAGAGGACGCUAGCGUUGCGUUUUAUGCACCGAAGAACCUCAAGAAGUUCCGCGUGGAAAGGCUCAGCGGGGGACGCGUCGUUGGCCUGUAUGCCGUCGAGACGGCGAGCGGUGACGUGCACCUUCACGUCGUUGACGCAGAGGCCAACUGGUUUCAGCUUUCCCUCGACAACGUGAAGCUACUGGCGUCGUCCUCAAUAAAGCUGGGCAACGAAGCCCCGGCUGCUGCGGGUGACAAGCCCGUGGUGUCGGCUCGUCGGGGCGUGACCGGGAAGAAGAAGUCGCUAAAAGAGCAGGGUAUUCUGGAGGCCCACUUCCACGAGGCAGGCGGGGAGCUGCACUGCAUCUUCCUCAUGCCGUCUGGCGUCUACGAGGUGUCACUGCGGGACACGGCAAUCCUGCAGGCGAAGCUGAUAAUCUCCAUCCCCGAAACGCUGCGUGACUGCACCAUGGCUACAGGUAGGUCGACCGGUCUCGUCCUCGUCGGCCAGCGCGGUGAAAAGUGGGCGCAGUACUCUCUGUAUGGCGAGCGUGAUGCCCACAAACCCCGACAACUCUCCUUGCCUAUUAACAUACAAAGCGUGGCGUGUAGCACCGUUGCAAAUUGUGUGGCUGUGGGCGGCACGCGCGGCGAAUUGGUAGUCUAUCCUUCCAUCACAGACAACCACCACUUUGCAGAUCAUUGGCAUCACACCCCACUGAUCGCACUAAGUUUCUCCGUGGAUGGUAACUCCCUCUACUCAGGUGCUCAUGAAGCGGUCAUGCUAGUGUGGAACAUGUCCUCCUACACCUAUAAAAAGAUAGGAUGCAGUUUGGGACCUAUUCGUUGUAUUGUACCCUCGCGAUCCAAUGGAUCACAACUUCUCAUGGCUUGCGCAGAGUCCACGCUCGCCGCACUCGACCUCCUGCAGAUGCGUGUGGAGAAGUCUAUUGAAGGUGUGCAGUGGUCUACCGGUGAGGCGUGCAGUGGGUUGGUUGUGGGACGCUGGAUGGGUCAACCUGCGGUAAUUCUAACGGGUUUACCAAACGUGGUGCGUGUGUGUGACCCCUUCACGCAGCAGGCACUGUACUCACUUCACAUCUCUUCGCAGAUGGAAACUAUUCCAAGUCCCCCGCGGCAUGGUAUCCAACACGUAGGCACUCUCGACGACAACCGUACAAUUGUGACAUAUGAGGAGUUUAGGGGUACUGCGCUUCCGCCUUUGCUGCGCUUCUGGGUUUACGACACAGGUGCCAAACGUCACAUCGAGACACAGACUAUUUACUCUCCUCAUCGCAGCCGCGUGCUCGCACUGCAAACUGAUGGCGUGCGGCGACGCGUUUUCACACUCAGUACGGACACAAUGAAGUGCUGGGGUGAGGCUGAUGAAGACGCUAACGACGCAUACGCCACGGGACAGAAAAGUUGGGUCAACAAAUCUUCUUCGGCGACACCAUCUCAUCUCGUGAAGGACAUGAUAUUAUCCGCUGAUGUCUCACUGUGUUUCGUCUCGGACGACAAUGUGCAUGUGUACAGUGCAGUGGACCUCCGUUCAGGGCAGCCGUGGCACCGUGUGCUCGUCCUCACACAGUCGUUCUCACUCGCACCACUGCGAGACUUGCAGCUACUCACAGAGUGCCGCACUGUGGUGGCCCGAGAUGAGUCCCGUGUUUACUUCUGGUCGCUGGUGUCACCGCACCGAAAUGCCGUUGUCUGGGAGGCGAAGCAGAGUGGUGUGUCGGCUCUUUGCUCGUACGGCGCCACAUCGGUGUUGGUGGCGACCAGUGAUGGUGACCUCUUGGAGUUGUGCGGUGCGUCUGACAGAGCAGGGACAGAGUUGGGGCACGCCGUGGGUGUCACACCGCAUCGUAUUGCCCUCAUGAAGUGCCUGCCUGGUGCAGAUAAGGAGCGUGUGGCGGUGGUAGACGACGUUUCAGGUUUCUGCGUGCUGCACGUUGCGCUCUCAAAGAGCGAGGAGGUGCGUGUGGAGCAGUUUGAGGGGGAAGGCAAGCUGGCGUCGAGCCAUCGCGACGAUGGUGAGCAUCGACAGCAGCUGCGCCACUUCUUCCACGACGUUGCGCACGCUGGCAGGCCGGAGAACGAGGAGGAGGCGGCGCUCAGCAACGCCGUCCGCGCAGCAGAGGCGAAGAAGUGGCUGACGGAGGUUCUGGCGGACGCCGCGUACACGGCGCCGCCCAUGAGCUCCGUGCUCUCGUCGUACCUCAAGAGGCGGGCCGGCAUCCCGACACUCUGA